AUGAAGUUAAGAAAAUGCUCCCUUUUGCUUUUUGAAUACGACCAAGGUGGCUACUUUAUUCGUGUGCACAAGGUUGUUCAUGAUGCGAUCAAAACUACGAUAAGUAAUUUUACAGACAGUCAAACACCUCAGCUCGUAAAUGCCGUUAUUACAUCAUUUGACGAAUUUAUAGAAGCUGUUCCAGAAUUAAAUAAGAGACUGGACACCAUGCGUCUCGUUCCACAUUUAAAGGCCAUAGCUAUCGUGGCAGACAAAGUGUUUGCCAAGGAAAAUUUUUUUCCAAGGUCACGAUAAAGACUUUUCAGAAAAACUGAACAAGCUUGCACAGAUUUGUGAAAUGCAUUGUGAAUUUAAUGGGGUAAAAAAAUAUUUUGAAUAUUCACUCACUGUACAGCUUGAAAAGCUCGGCCCAGAACAUGUUGAUGUUGCAAGAAGCUACAAUAGGUUAGGUUUAAUUUGCUACUACCUAGGUGACUUCGAGACAGCCAAGAAGUACCAGCAACGUCUAUUGAUUACACUGGACCUCAGCCCUGAACAUGUUGAUGUUGAAGUACGCUACAAUAUAUUAUCUUUAAUUUACCAGAAGCUAGGUGACCUCAAUAAAGCCAAGACGUACCAGCAACGUGCUCUAGCAAUUAGACUUGACAAGCUUGGCCCUGAACAUGUUGAUGUUGCAACAAGCUACAGUAACUUAGUUUCAAUUUACCAGGACCUAGGUGACCUCGGGCAAGCCAAGGAGUAUCAGCAACGCGCUCUAACGAUUAAGCUGGACAAGCUCGGCCCUGAACAUGUUUUAGUUGCAGCAAGCUACAAUAACUUCUCUUUAAUUUACCAGGACCUAGGAGACCUCGAGCAAGCCAAGGAGUAUCAGCAACGUGCUUUAGCGAUUAACCUGGAGAAGCUCGGCCCUGAACAUGUUGAUGUUGCAACAAGCUACAAUAACUUAGCUACAACUUACCAGGAUCUUGGUGACCUCGGGCAAGCCAAGGAGUACCAGGAACGUGCUCUAGCGAUUACACUGGACAAGCUCGGACCUGAACAUGUUGAUGUUGCAACAUGCUACAAUAACUUGUCUCUAAUUUACGUGGCCCUAGGAGACCUCGAGAAAGCCAAGGAGUAUCAGCAACGUGCUCUAGCGAUUAGACUGGACAAGCUCGGCCCAGAACAUGUUGAUGUUGCAAAAAGCUACAAUAACUUGGCUUCAAUUUACCAGGACCUAGGUGACCUCGAGCAAGCCAAGGAGUAUCAGCAACGUUCUCUAGCGAUUAGACUGGACAAGCUCGGCAAGGAACAUGUUGAUGUUGCAACAAGCUACAAUAACUUAUCUUCAAUUUACCAGGACCUUGGAGACCUCGAGAAAGCCAAGGAGUAUCAGCAACGUGCUUUAGCGAUUAACCUGGACAAGCUCGGCCCUGAACAUGUUGAUGUUGCAAGAAGCUACAAUAACUUGGCUUCAAUUUACCAGGGCCUAGGUGACCUCGAGCAAGCCAAGGAGUAUCAGCAACGUGCUCUAGCAAUUAGACUUGACAAGCUUGGCCCUGAACAUGUUGAUGUUGCAACAAGCUACAAUAACUUAUCUUUAAUUUACCAGGACCUAGGAGACCUCGAGAAAGCCAAGGAGUAUCAGCAACGUGCUCUAGCGAUUAGAUUGGACAAGCUCGGCCCAGAACAUGUUGAUGUUGCAACAAGCUACAAUAACUUAGCUUCACUUUACAAGGAUCUUAGUGACCUUGAGCAAGCCAAGGAGUAUCAGCAACGUGCUCUGGCUAUCCAGCUCGACAAACUUGGCCCUGAACAUGUUGAUGUUCAUGCAGGAUUCUGCAUGUUAGCUUUAAUUAACAACUUGGAUGACCACGAGCAAACCAACUGA